AUGGAGGGCGGCGGAGGAAACAUCAAGGUCGUCGUGCGCGUCCGUCCGUUCAACUCAAGAGUCCAAAUGAAAGGCGCCCAGACGGUGCUCACCCCUCCCCCCGGCGCCGAAGAAAAGUCUCGAAAGGGCGGCAAAUCCUCCAACACAGGAGCCAACGCUGCCCCCGAGGGCCCCCGCGUCUUCGCCUUCGACAAAUCAUACUGGUCCUUCGACAGAAAGGCCCCCAACUACGCCGGUCAAGACGACCUGUUCUCCGACCUCGGUGCGCCGCUCCUCGACAAUGCUUUCCAGGGCUACAACAACUGCAUCUUCGCAUACGGCCAGACGGGUUCCGGCAAGUCGUAUUCCAUGAUGGGAUACGGCGAAGAGGCUGGCGUCAUCCCCAAGAUCUGCAAGGAGAUGUUCCAGCGGAUAUCGGCCAUGCAGGUUGCGGACGCCAACCUGACGUCUACCGUCGAAGUGUCGUAUUUGGAAAUCUACAACGAGCGGGUGCGGGAUCUGCUUAACCCGGCUAACAAGGGGAAUCUGAAGGUGCGCGAGCACCCUUCUACGGGACCCUAUGUGGAAGACCUGGCGAAGCUGGUUGUGCAGAGUUUUUCGGAGAUAGAGCAUUUGAUGGACGAGGGAAAUAAGGCCAGGACGGUUGCGGCCACCAAUAUGAAUGAGACCUCGAGUAGAUCGCAUGCGGUGUUUACCCUCACCCUCACGCAGAAGAGACAUGAUAAGGAGACCACCAUGGAUACCGAGAAGGUCUCUAGGAUCAGUCUGGUGGAUCUCGCGGGUUCAGAGAGAGCUACGUCGACGGGAGCCACGGGUGCAAGGCUCAAGGAGGGAGCGGAGAUUAAUCGUUCGCUGUCCACGUUGGGACGAGUCAUUGCCGCCCUGGCUGAUUUGUCUUCGGGCAAGAAGAAGGCUGUAGUGCCGUAUCGAGACUCGGUGUUGACAUGGCUGCUCAAGGAUUCGUUGGGAGGUAACUCGAUGACGGCCAUGAUUGCAGCUAUUUCCCCCGCGGAUAUCAACUAUGACGAAACCCUGAGCACGCUGCGGUACGCCAACUCCGCCAAACGCAUCAAGAACCAUGCUGUUGUCAACGAGGAUCCGAACGCCAGAAUGAUUCGCGAGCUCAAGGAGGAACUCGCGCAGUUGAGAAGUAAGCUUGGUGGCGGCGCGGCUGGUGUACCUGGAGCUGCGGCCUCAGCUACUUCUUCCACCGGAAUACCGCAGGAGGAAUACCCGCCUGGAACACCCCUGGAGGAACAGAUGGUUACCAUCAUGCAGGCCGACGGCUCGGUCAAGAAAGUCAGCAAGGCAGAGAUCGUCGAACAGCUCGACCAAAGUGAGAAGCUGUACAAGGACCUCAACCAGACCUGGGAAGAGAAACUGCAGAAGACAGAGGAAAUUCACAAGGAGCGAGAAGCCGCGCUCGAAGAACUCGGUAUCUCCAUUGAAAAGGGCUUCGUCGGUCUCAGCACGCCCAAGAAAAUGCCCCAUCUAGUCAACUUGUCAGACGACCCCCUGCUGGCAGAGUGUUUGGUCUACAAUAUCAAACCGGGCACAACGACGGUAGGUAACGUUGACGCUACCUCUUCGGCAUGCGAGAUACGUCUUAACGGGUCAAAAAUACUGCACAAACACUGCACCUUUGAACAUGUCGAUAACAUUGUCACUGUUAUUCCCUGCGAGGGCGCAGCGGUCAUGGUCAACGGCGUACGAAUAGAUAGUCCCCAGCGUCUCAGGAGUGGGUUCAGGAUAAUUCUCGGAGAUUUCCACAUUUUCCGCUUCAAUCAUCCCAUGGAAGCCCGUGCCGAGAGGGUAGAGCAGAGCCUCCUCCGUCACUCCGUCACGACAAGCCAGCUUGGUUCGAACUCAAAUACACCCGGCCGGUCCGGGCCAGGACAUGAUCGAACCAUAAGCAAGACCGGCUCCGAGAUAGACGGUGACUCCAGCCGUUCUGGCUCGCCCAUGCCAUCCCAGCGAGGAGGCGGGAGUAACGGACGGGAGGACUGGUUUUAUGCUCGGCGAGAAGCUGCGAAUGCGAUAUUAGGUACCGACCACAAGAUAUCCGCUCUUACAGACGACGAGCUAGAUGCAUUGUUCGAUGAUGUGCAGAAGGCUCGGGCAGUACGGAAAGGGUUCUAUGAGAAUCGCUUCUUGGAUAUGGAGGAGGACUCGGAUUCGUUGAGCUCAUACCCUAUUCGAGAGAAGUACAUGUCCAACGGGACCAUUGACAAUUUCUCGCUUGACACUGCCUUGACGAUGCCCGGGACGCCGAAACAGGGAGAAUACGACGAAUCCAACGGGUCUCCCUCCAACGCCAACUCCUCCAACUCCAACGGCAAUUCUAAUGGCGCCAACGAACCAGAUACUGAAAAGGGGAGAAUGGAAAAGGCCCUGAUGGAAGCUCGAGAAGAGUUCCAGCAGCAACUCCAGCGCCAAAAGGAGGCCUUUGAAACGCAGAUCAAGGGCAUCGCUCACUUAUCCGGCCACAUGACGGAGGACGGGCCUGGCUUCUCCUUCCUCGAACCACGCGAGAUAGAAGUAGCCCGCAACGUCCUCGCACACUGGCGAAGAAGAAACUACGUCCGCAUGGUCGAGUCCGUCCUCCAACACGCCUCGCUCCUCAAAGAAGCGCAAGUAAUGAGCCAUAUAAUGGACAAACACGUCUUUUUCCAAUUCGCCAUCGUCGAUGUAGGCCAGAACAUGGGCUCGUCCUACGAUCUCGUACUGAACGGCAUAUCAGGAGACGACGACAUGGCUCUCGACGACGCUAAGAAGCCCUGCAUCGCCGUCCGAGUGAUUGAUUUCAAACACAACGUCAUCUUGCUCUGGUCGUUGGACAAACUUGAACGUCGUGUGCAGGCCAUGCGGCAGAUGCAUCAAUACAUCGAUCGACCAGACUACAUCCAGCAUUUCAAACUCGAGAACCCCUUCUCAGAGCAAUGUUCACCCACAUACUCACUAGUAGGAGACGUAGAUAUCCCGCUCACAGCAGUCUUCGAGUCCAGAGUCCAAGAUUUCUCCGUCGAAGUACUGUCAAUGUACACCCAGAACGUCAUCGGCAUACUCCGGCUCUCCCUCGAGCCCUCCGCCGCCCAAGCGCCCUCGUCAACACUGAAAUUCAACGUCGUGAUGCGCGACCUAGUUGGUUUCGCCGAACGUGAAGGCACGGAUGUCCACGCCCAGCUGUUCGUGCCAGGAAUAUCGGAAGAAGGCGGCGCUACCACCACGCAAAUCAUCAACGGCUUCGACGAGAAUCCAAUCCAGUUCGAAAGCGUGCAUAGCAUGAGUCUACCGCUCAAUAGCCCGCGAACAUCGACGCUGAAAGUCAGCAUUUUCGCCCUCGUGUCGAGCAUGCAUCUUGACAAAUUGCUUAGUUGGGAUGAAAUGCGCGAUGCCCCCGAGGCUCCGCCCCAGAAGCGCAAGGCCCCUCGUAUAGCGGAGUCGGAGUACUUCCAGGAAGAAAGACAUGAUGUCUUUGCGGGUGUGCAGAUUCUUGAAUUAGCGGAGAAUGGCGAGUACCUGCCCGUCGACGUUGUGCAGGCUAACAGUCUCGAGGCUGGAACGUAUCAGCUUCAUCAGGGCUUGCAGCGCCGUAUCGUUGUUAAUCUGGCUCAUAGCUCGACUGAGAGUUUGCCGUGGGACGACGUUACUGGUCUACGAGUCGGUGGUAUCAGACUACUUGAUCCAUGGGGGAAAGUCCCUGAUCUAGACGAUGGCAAAUCCGCUGAUAUUCCGCUGAAAAUGAUCCAAGAGCCCAUGGUCAAGGAUAAUGCGGAUGGGUCGUCGAACAUUACGAUCAUAGGACAGUGGGAUUCGAGUUCUCAUGGCUCACUGCUUCUCGAUCGCACGACAGCGGAUAAAUAUAAGGUCCAAAUCACGCUGCGGUGGAACUUGAUUUCUUCACGUCUACAAGAGCCAAUUGUCUUCGAGCUAGACCAGUGCCUGCAGAUCCUUGGCCGAUCUAGCGUUCGGCCCCAGUCGAUGUUCAAGCAGUUCUGGAGCUCUACACGAGUAGUCCAUUCGACGUCGCAGAUGUUCUCUGUAGCCGUGCGGCCAGUCUCUGCGAAACGCGCAGCGGACCUGUGGCGCAUGAAUACCCAGAACGACUACAUCAAGGGAGAAGAACUGCUUACUACCUGGUCCCCUAGAAAAGUCUCCUUGAUAAAAGACUACAUAGCUGCGCGGAAGAGACGACAUCGCAUAGCUGAGAUCGAAGCGGCUCGAGCAGCACUGAGUGACGGCAGCUUAACCCCGUUAUCCGCAAACGGCCACUCAACCCCCUUACAACGAAAUACCCCUGAACACGCUGAGAGACGCGAACAGCUACUACGCAAAUACCUCAGUCUCUGGUCCGCCAGCAAAGAUCCCACCGACACCAUCCUCGUAAAAGGCCACAUAGAACCUCCCCUGCAAGGCGCUGCUUUCGCCCCAACCGCAACCGCAUCCACAUCCACAGACAACGACAGCGUGAUAUCCAGCGCCAACACCUCUUCUCAACCAUCAACAUCUACCUCCACCGACCGAUCUUCCUCCAAACCCCGCUUCCUCGCUACAAUAACACACAUCCCCAAGAACCCCACGGUGCUUAAAUCAGGCUACUUGUACACCCCCGACGACACCUACAGCCUUUGGGUGCGCCGCUUCGUCGAACUCAGAUUACCUUAUCUACACAUCUAUUCCGUUCCCGACGGUGAUGAAAUAAACGUCAUCAACCUCCGCAACUCCCACGUCGAUCAUGAUCCGGACUUUGCCAGGCUGCUGGUUGGAUCCAGCGGGAAUGGGCUGUCUGCGCGCGGCCAACCUAAUGUCUUUGCGGUAUUUGGGGCCCAGAACACAUUCCUUUUUGCAUCGAGGACAGAAGCGCAGAAGAUCGAGUGGAUAUUGAAGAUCGAUGAGGGGUAUUUCAGCGGUAUCAAUAGUAACCACGGUAGCCGCGGGCCUUCAAGACGAUAA